AUGACAAUGGAUUUCUUUUUGGAAAUAUUAAGAAAGAAACUUGAAUUGGGUUCACAUCGUGCUUCUUUCGCCACUGAACAUGAAAUUUCAGCAAAUGCAUGUGCUGCAUGUUUUGAUGAAACCUGUGGAUCUGCUGUCAAAUGUGAGCCCAACAUGCCUUAUAAACCUCAAACAUUCAAUUCUAAGGAAAAGAAGAAUCCUAGGCAGGGCCAUGUAACGCAAACAUUUAAAGGGUAUGGGAAUGUUCGGAAAAAGAUUGGACAGGAUAUGGACUUGGGAGGUGGUGAAUAUUUUUUUACAAAGAGUCUCAAGGAAACCAGAAAUUACCAUUAUAUCUUGAUCGAGAACAUGGAAACAGAUUUACCAUCGUCGGUCAUUGUGGAUUUCAUAUAUCAACAAACUUCUGUUUCAUCAGACGCCUACGUAACCCCCAGCUUAUUAUCAGAAUCAUAUACACGGGGAACUAUCUUUUUGGAUGGUCAAGAGAAGCUUGAGAAGUUAUCUAGGUUUUUACACAAUCCUGCUCAUCUCAUCAUGUCCUCAAGAGGAAGACACACCUCUUUACAUGAUUUAACCCAUGAUAUUAUGACUACAGAGAAUAGGGACACGCUUACUCUUUUAAAGAAGUUGAUAGACCAGUUGAUCAUGGCCACGAGGAUCUCAUCAGGGCUCAUUGUCAACACUAUAGAUUGCCUUGAACAAACCACAUUGGCGGAAUUCCGCCACGAUUUCCAGAUUCAUGUCUACCCAAUCGGGCCGCUCCACAAGCACUUGACGGAGACGUGCAACUCCAGCAGCCUGCUAAUGGAAGACCACAGCUGUAUCACUUGGCUAGACCGACAAGCACCGAGAACCAUUAUCUAUGUGAGCUUUGGGAGUAUAGCUGCAAUGGAUAGGAGUGAACUGAUUGAGACCGCAUGGGGCCUGGCCCACAGUGGCCAGCCAUUCAUGUGGGUGGUCCAGACUGGCUUAGUUCAUGGCUCCAAGUGGGUCGAGUUUCCUGAGGGGUUCGAAGACAUGCUAGGCGAUCGAGGCCUUAUUGUCAAGUGGGCUCCACAACAGGAGGUGCUGGCUCAUCCAUCAGUGGGAGGUGUUUGGACACAUUGCGGAUGGAAUUCAACGCUGGAGAGCAUAUGUGAAGGGGUCCCCAUGCUUUGUUGGCCAUGUUUCGGGGACCAAUCCAUGAAUGCCAGGCUGGUAAGCCAUGUUUGGAGGGUGGGGAUUCGACUAGAGCAUGGGUUGGACAGAGACAAGAUAGAGUGGGCCAUUAGAAAACUAAUGGUGGGACAGGAAGGCGAGGGGAUGAAGGAAAGGAUCGAGGAUCUGAAGGAGAAUGUGGACCGUUGCCUGAGGAAAGGAGGAUCUUCUAACCAGUCUUUGAACAAUUUGAUUGAUUUCAUCUUGGCCAUCUAA